AUGUCGGACCCGGCGACGCAGGCCUUGCAACCCCGGCUUCUCCAAGCCCAGACUGCUGGGUCAGCUGGGUCCAGUACCGCCGCGACAGGCUCCGGGUCAGGGAACAGCGACCCGGCAAGACCGGGACUCAGCCAACAGCAACGUGCGAGCCAGAAGAAAGCCCAAGUCCGAGCUUUCCCACGGGCGAAAAAGCUCGAGAAACUUGGCGUAUUCUCCGCAUGCAAGACUAGUGACACAUGCAAGUGCAAUGGAUGGAAAAACCCAAACCCCCCAUCAGCCACACGUCUGGACCUGCAGCAGCAAGCGGCCAGCCUGAGCGAGCCGUGCCGCAGCUGUGGACAUGCUCUGGCUGACCAUGUGUCCCACCUGGAGAAUGUGUCUGAGGAUGAGAUUAACAGGCUGCUGGGGAUGGUGGUGGAUGUGGAGAACCUGUUUAUGUCUGUGCACAAAGAGGAGGACACUGACACCAAACAGGUCUACUUUUACCUUUUCAAGCUACUGAGGAAAUGCAUUCUCCAGAUGAGCCAGCCAGUCGUAGAGGGAUCCCUUGGAAGUCCACCCUUUGAAAAGCCCAACAUUGAGCAGGGGGUUUUGAAUUUUGUCCAGUACAAGUUCAGCCACCUGGCACCAAAGGAAAGGCAAACCAUGUUUGAGCUGUCAAAGAUGUUCCUCUUGUGUCUGAAUUACUGGAAGCUGGAGACGCCAACGCAGUAUCGCCAGCGUAUCCAGAAAGAUGAUGGGACAGCAUACAAAGUGGACUACACGAGGUGGCUGUGCUACUGCCACGUCCCCCAGAGUAACGACAGCCUCCCGCGCUAUGAAACCACUCAGGUGUUCGGACGCAGCCUGCUCAAGUCCAUCUUCACUGUGACCCGACGCCAGCUCCUGGAGAAGUUCAGAGUGGAGAAGGACAAGCUGCUCCCAGAGAAACGCACACUCAUCCUCACACACUUUCCCAAGUUCUUGUCCAUGCUGGAGGAGGAAAUCUAUGGGGACGGUUCCCCGAUCUGGGAGGCUGACUUUACCAUGCCGGCCUCCGAGGGCACACCGCUGGGCCAUCAGACAGUGAUCAGUCCCUCUGCGGUGUCCGGCUCCCCCGCGCUGCCCAAGGGUCUGGGCAGCAUCUCCUCUCUGGGCAGCACGGACACUGGAGCUGCCGAGCCCAUCACAGGAGAGAAACGCAAACUUCCGGAGGCGUUGACCCUGGAGGAUGCCAAGCGGAUCCGUGUGAUGGGAGACAUUCCAAUGGAGCUGGUCAAUGAAGUCAUGAUGACGAUCACUGACCCGGCUGCGAUGCUCGGACCAGAGACAAAUCUUCUGACUCCAAACGCCGCCCGUGACGAGACUGCCAGGCUGGAGGAGAGGCGGGGGAUCAUCGAGUUCCACGUGAUUGGAAACUCGCUCUCUCAGAAGUCCAACAAGAAGAUCCUGAUGUGGCUGGUCGGCCUGCAGAAUGUCUUCUCUCAUCAAUUACCUCGCAUGCCCAAAGAGUACAUCACCCGCCUGGUGUUCGACCCGAAGCACAAGACCCUCGCCCUCAUCAAAGAUGGCCGCGUCAUCGGCGGCAUCUGCUUUCGGAUGUUUCCCACUCAGGGCUUCACGGAGAUCGUCUUCUGUGCCGUCACAUCCAAUGAGCAAGUUAAGGGCUACGGUACCCACCUGAUGAACCACCUGAAGGAGUACCACAUCAAACACAACAUCCUCUAUUUCCUCACUUACGCUGACGAGUACGCCAUCGGCUACUUCAAGAAGCAGGGCUUUUCCAAAGAUAUCAAAGUGCCCAAGAGUCGAUACCUGGGAUACAUCAAAGACUACGAGGGAGCGACCCUCAUGGAGUGUGAGCUGAACCCGAGGAUCCCCUACACCGAGCUCUCUCAUAUCAUUAAAAGACAGAAGGAGAUUAUUAAAAAGCUGAUAGAGAGGAAACAGAUCCAGAUCCGGAAGGUUUACCCCGGUCUCACCUGCUUCAAAGAGGGCGUGCGGCAGAUCCCGGUGGAGAGCAUUCCAGGCAUAAGAGAGACGGGAUGGAAACCCAGUAACAAGGACAAAGGAAAAGAGAUGAAGGACCCUGACAUGUUAUACAACAUGUUAAAGAACCUCCUGGCCCAGAUAAAGACUCAUCCUGAUGCCUGGCCCUUCAUGGAACCAGUGAAGAAAUCGGAGGCUCCAGAUUACUACGAGAUCAUCCGCUUUCCCAUCGACCUGAAGACCAUGACGGAGAGACUUAAGAAUAGAUACUAUGUGACCAAGAAGCUUUUCAUUGCCGACCUGCAGCGAAUCAUCACCAACUGCCGCGAGUACAACCCUCCGGAUAGCGAGUACUGCAAGAGCGCCAACACCUUGGAGAAGUUCUUCUACUUCAAACUAAAAGACGGAGGACUCAUCGAGAAGUGAAGCCCGCGGAGUUAUUUACACAUUUCUAAAGCGGACGUGGGGCAACGUUCGCUCACCCAGACGGUCAUAUCUGAGUUAAUAAAAGGGUUCGUACACGACUGGACGCGUCGGACAGACGUGACGGUUUGGUGAUGUCGGAUGGAGUUGAUCAGAGUCAGACCGGCAUUACCUUUGAGUUCGCUUCUGUCAUUUCCCUUUCCCAGAACUGGCAGCGGGUCAAGACUCUGCACACACACGUUUCAUGAAGUGUACCAAAGUUAUAGGUCCAAGUUAUAACGAUGUCACACUUUCCACCAUUAUUUAUAAGUAUGAUUGAUUUGGUUUUGUCGCAUUUAAAUGACAUUUGUUGAUUCCAGUUUGCUUCGAGCUCAAGCGGAGGUUUAUGUAGUGUAGAGUUCUUUCACAGAGAACUGGACCUCGGGACCUAAAGCCAUGUUGCCUUUCGUUGCUGACAGACACUUGAACAUCGCCGCCUUCUCCGCGGGUGCAAAGACGACCGUUCUUUGAAGGGUGAAGUCCUUAAAACACGCCACUUUGACUCUCGAGUAGUCUGGAAACGAUUUGAUUGGUCGGUUGGUGAAUAAUUAAUCUGAAACCGUUGUAAAUUGUUGAAGUGCAAAACACCAAACAUUUAAUGGUUAUAGCUCUAGUGUAUAUUAAAUAUUUUUUAGACUUGGUCUAAUUAUUUAUCAUUUAGCAACAUUAUUUUCAAGAAGAAAAUGUAUUGAUACCCGAUUAAAAGCGUUUGUUGCAUCCCUACUCUGAGUAGUUAGAGACGCUGCCAACGAUGGACUGGGCAUCAAAUAUUGAUCAAACCAUUCCCCCGAUCGCUGCCUUCAGGAAAACUUGUUUUCACGUGGACAACAACGUUGUGGAUGCGUUAUUUAUACAGUUAAUAUAAUACACACUGUUUACACAUCAUUUUCCACUGGCGGGGUUCUAUUCCAUUUAGAUGAGGUCACAUUAGUUUAGCUCUUUCCGUGCUUGCAGGUGUUCUUGAUGGUUCCGUUCUGUAGUUGGGUCACUUCCACACACACACCCGCUAAGUAGAGUAUUUAGUGUUCAGCCUCACAGGUUUACUGGAUUGUUUAUGUUGACGAGAUCUAAACAUGGUGGUUCUGGGCUUUUGGAACGAAGAUAACUGGUUUAUUUAUCGCACGACACACAACUGUGUUUUAAAGCUAGGUGGACGGGUCACCAUUUGAAUAAAUAAAAAAACAAACGUCAAACUUUUAGCCAUUGUUGUUGCAGGUUAUGUUUUUUUUUUUUUUCAGUGAGAUUUUAAUGUUUGGCCGGCGUUCGCAGUCACUUCUCUAAGCUUAGGCCUGCUUGUUGAAUGUUUCAUUGACGUGUGUGUGUGUGUGUGCGAGUGGGUUUAUUUUUUUACUUGAAUCAUGACUAGCUUUGAAUUACUAAAGUGAUGUCAGCGUUGCAUUCUUCAGGGUUGUCAAUGCCGUACUUGUCCCUCAAUCCUGUUAUGCUGCAUUUCAGAUUUUCUUAAAGUCAGUGAAGUGUCCGCCUGUUUAAGGAUGGCUGCUGUCCAGUCGCUAUUUACUGUAACUGUAAACCUGUUUCAUGACAAUAAAGUUCUUUAAAAAAAAAAAAUAGAUAUAGAAACGAACUUCAGUCACUUGAAGCUGAAGUCAGAACUGAAUCAACUUUCUGAGGAUAUCCGACCUGUCAAAAUAAAAGACCUGCAAGAAAACCUU